CGGGCCGACUGGACGGAGCAGCCAGCUCUGCGGGCAGGGGGCUGGCCCGUGGGGGGCAGGCCCCGGCCCCAUUUCUGCCCCCCGAGGCAGCCGGGUGGGAGCCCGUGGCCCCCGCCAGCCCCCACCUGCGUGACGUCUCUCCCGGGCAGAUGAAGAACGCCGAUUACUUCUCCAACUACGUGACGGAAGAUUUCACCACCUACAUCAACCGGAAGCGGAAAAACAAUUGCCAUGGCAACCACAUUGAGAUGCAGGCUAUGGCCGAGAUGUACAACCGGCCCGUGGAGGUCUACCAGUACGGCACAGGUAGGGGCGGCCGCUCCCUGGAGUCCCAGCUGCAGAGGAGCAGCGCGCCUCAGUUUACCAGCCGUGCCACGGCACUCGUGAGCAGAGCAGGCCCCUGGCUUCACAAGAAGCAGCACCUGUGCAAAUACCCCUGUGUGCCUCAGUUUCCCUCACGCUCGGUGUUCUGGGACAGUCUCUGGUCUCCGUUCAGGGGCCGGGCGAGGCUCCGCCUGUCCCUCCUUCCUCUCUGAGAGUGGGUCUGGGCAGGCUGGCAGGGCUGUGUC